AGACGGACACAAAGACACAGAAGUGGAGGACUUGAGGACAGAGAGGACUCCAGUGAUCGACAUAUCCCUCAAACCGAUGCCUCUAAUGAUCGCCAGUUUGUCUGCUUUGAAGACAAUUGUGGCAAACUAUUCAAACGGAAAUCACAUCUCAAUGAACACAAAAAUGUCGUUCAUUUGAAUCUCAAACCAAUCGGAUGUGAUGUCGAGGGUUGUGGUCAACGAUUCACUUCGAAAACACAUCUCAAUCUACACAAUAAUGCUAUUCAUUUGAAUCUCAAGAGUUUCAGAUGUGAUUCGAUGGAUUUUGCUUAUAAAUCACAACUCAAUCGACACAAAAAUGUCAUUCAUUUAAAGCUCAAGAGAUUUAGAUGUGAUGUCGAGGGUUGCGGUCAAAGAUUUUUUGACAAAAGAGCUUUAGUUCGUCACAAACAUUACAUACAUUCUGGUGAUAAACCAUAUAUUUGUGAUGCCGAGUAUUGUGGUAAAAGUUUCAUUCAAAAGUCACACCUCAUUGAACACAAACGCAUUCAUACGGGAGACAAACCAUACCUUAAGAAAUUUGAGUGCAAUGACGAUAAAUGCGGAAAAAAAUUCGCUACAAAAUCAAAAUUAAUUCAACACAAACGCAUUCAUACGGGAGAAAAGUCAUACGUUUGUGAUGUCGACGAUUGCGGGCAAAGAUUUAGACAAAAAGCAGAUCUAAAUGGACACAAACGUAACAUUCAUUUGAAUGAAAGCAAAUAA